AUGGAUUUGGAUUACUGCAUCAUCUGCGGAAAGGCCACCUCUGGCAACCUGUACUGCUCCCGCGAAUGCCACCUGCAGGACUGCCCGAGCUCCUGCACCGAUACCGAGUGCUGCGUGUACAGCCAGUCGGCCGAGUUCCAGAUGCUCGCCUCGCAGCACCUCGACCACUUCCGCCGCCGCUCGUCCGUCAACUCGUCGUCCAUUCUGAACGGCUUCAUUUCGUCGCGGUUGACGGCGCUGUAG